UAUCACAGUAACAGUCAAUAUAUUAUUAUAAGGAAUACACUCAGCUAGAAGACGAUCGUUGAAUAAGUUCAAUGUGCAAUUAAUUGUUAACGUAUAGACAAUAAUGGCACAUCGUGACGUGUGUUAUGGCAUAAGGCAUACGGAACGAGCGACUCAGUGAUGAUUAAGGUGCCAACAUCGUAUGUGCUCGAGCGAAUAAUUCAAAGCCAACAUCAGAAGUGUAUAUACGUACAACAUUGGGAUUGAGAGAGUGUAAUUAAUAAAUUUUUUAAUUAAUUAUAAAUAUAUUAAUUAAACCAGCCUAUAAAAUUUAUUCAAUCCACAACUAUGAUUAAACACGAAAAAGUGGUAUUUAAAUAGUUAAUACGAAGUUACUUGAACACGUGGUAAUUAUUUGAUUGGUUUGUAAAUUAGCUCGUGUAUCAGACUUGAUUCGUUGUGCCAUUCAAGUGUGCGAAGGAGAAAUCUAUAAAACGGAAAAUCUCUCUAAGGCCUGUAAAUCUGUUGGAAUUCCAAAUCGGUCAUUAAAUAUCACAAAAACGCAACUUACGUUAUUCGGCAUCGCGUUACUCGUGUAGUGCGAUUUAUUUGAACUAUUAUUUGAUUAAUCGACUUUCACGAUUUUUUAUCUUACGGUGGAUAUUAUUGAUAUUUUUUAUUAUUAUAACCCAAAUAUAUUUAUGUGUACGAAUCGUGCGAUUAUUAUUAUUUUCACAUUGCCAACGUUAGUGCAUUUUAAAGAAGAAAAUUGUUGAAGUACAAAUAUAAAAAAAUAAAUAAUAAAAAAUUACAAAAAAAUUUUUUUUCAAUAUUUUGAAUUUCAUGUAAGACUCGCAAUGUCUGAUAUUUCUAACUCGGGCAGUAUUAAUUGUUUCACAAAUGUGUACGUAAUCAGUGACUGGUAUAUUGUGUAGAGUGUACAUAUGGACAGUGAUAUCAGACUACUGCUGGACGUCGUCCAUGGCAAAGUGUCAGUUCCUGGAAGGAGCGAUCCUAUUUCUAGGAAAAUUAAAAUCUUUGAAAGCGUCAUAAAAAAUAUCUCCAUCGUUUUCAAGACUUUGACCAACCCAUUUUCCCAUAAAAUUUGACCCAUGCCGAAUGACACUCCCAAAAUGUCGUGCGAAAAUUUACAUAUGAUACCAUUGAGUCUUUUCAUCUUAAUUCCAGUGACAUUCAUGAUAACUUACACCAUAUCAGUACAAUGGGAUCACGUAGUACCUGGAUUUCCUUAUAUAUCAGAAACAGGUACCUUAUCACCAGAAUCCUGUAUAUUUGCACAAUUUCUCAACAUAGCCGCACUUCUACUUGCCUGUUGCGUAUACAUCAGGCAUCGUCAAGUAGAACAAUGGUACAUUGAAAGAGGGGAGGACUUAAUUGAUCGAAAAGCCAUUGUGAUGAGUGCUUGGUGCGGUGGUCUCGCUUGUUUCGGUUUGGAUAUUCUUGCGAAUUUUCAGGAAGCUCGUGUAGUUGCUGCUCACAUGAUAGGAGCCAUGACGUGCUUUACAGCCGCGACAGUAUAUUUUUGUCUUCAGACGUAUCUUAGUUACAAAAUGGCCCCUGCCGUAAACGGAUGGAUGAUCGUAUACGUUCGUGCCAUUUUAUCAGGCCUGACAAUGAUUCUGACGAUCAUUACUGUUAUACCUGGUUACAUCUCAGUGACGGAAUUUAAAGGUAGCGAUUAUAAGAAAUGGUUGCCAUCUGACGGCGGGUGGGGCUGGCACGUGGCCAGUGCUGUAGCCGAAUGGAUUCUUGCUCUGGUUUAUUGUGCAUUCCUCCUGACGUUUGUCUUAGAAUUCCGUUUGAUCAGCUUCGAGAUGCCUGUAGUUACGCUGACCUAUCUCGACAAAACGGAAGAUGAGAAAAUGUUGGAGAAACCAGAUGCGACCACUCAAGAAGUCUAAAUAGUUUAUUCAUCUUAAUGAUUCGAGCUGUCUCGAUAUGGUCAUUAUUCAGGCUCGCUUGAUAAUUGAGAUAAUUAUAUUAUCUAGGAACAAUUGUGGACACAUUUCUUGUGAUAAACUUUAUAUUACGACUAUUGGAAGAUACUUUCGAUUAUUUUGAUUCGAACAAUAUUAAUCCCAUUGUAAAAAAAGAGGAUUUUUGAAAAUUUAGUAUUAUAUAAAAUUUACAUGUAAUUUUGCUAUAUUUCUUACGAUAGCUUUUAUUCCUUUGAUAAAUUUAAUUAACGAACCAAGAGGUUACGUACUGCUUAAAUUUUUAUUGUUAUAAUUUUUUUAUCCAAAUUUUGAAUCUCUGAUCUUUUGGCCUUGAUCAUAGCAAUUAAAUGCUGAGAAAUAUUGCUAUGAUUAUUCAAGUAAAAUUUUCACUAUACUGUAAGACGUAUGAACGCACAUUAUGCAUUAAAAUAAUUUACUUGUUAGAUAGUUCAAUUAAUUACUGAUAACUGUACAAACUACUUUACCGACAUUUAUCAAAUAACUUAUGGUGUUGACUGAAUAUAAAUAUAAUAGACA